AUGUGGAGCUCAGCGACGGAGGGCAUGGAAAGAUGGGGAUGCAGUAUUCGUGAUGCAGUAAGGCCGUGCGCGUGCGGGUGCGUGUUGCAGUGCGAGGCCGUGCCCGGGCUGGGCUUCCGUCGCGGCAGCUACAAGUGCGUGUGCCGGCGCGGCUUCUACUUCCCCGACACGCGCGCCGCGCUGCGCUACUACAACGGCUCCGCGCAGGAGAGCGCGUACGGGGCGCCGGGCGCCUUCGAGUGCCUGCCCUGCGCCGAGGGCUGCGACGCCUGCGUGGACGACCGGCCGUGCGUGGCCACGCUCAACUGGGCGCUGCGCACCACCAUCCUCGCGCUCACCUGCGUCGCCAUCUUGUGCCUGCCCGCAGCCGCCAUCUUCACCUGGAAGUUCGGACACGUCAAAGUAGUUCGAGCUGCAAGUCCUGCGUUGCUGAGGUUCAUCACUCUUGGUGCGUUUUUUAUCUAUGGCACGGUGGUGGUGGCUUAUCCCAGCCCUAACGUGGUGACGUGCACAGCGCGAGUGUGGCUGCGAGAAAUUGGCUUCGCCCUCACGUACGGCGCUCUGAUGCUCAAGACGUGGCGCGCGCUGCUGGCCGUGCGCACCCUAGUGGCGGCGCCGCGCGUCGUCGUCGGACGCACCGCCGAGGACCUCAAGGCGCCGCUCUGCCGCGCCGACUGGUGGGACCACGCCUUCAGCGCGCUGGAGGCGCUCUUCCUGGUGUGGGGAAUCCGGCUGUGCAUCGUGGUGCGCAAGGCCCCCUCCGAAUUCAACGAGAGCCGCUUCAUCUCCAUGGCCAUCUACAACGAGUUCCUUCUCUCCGUCUUCCUCAACAUCUCCAUGCUGUUUCUGCAGUCCCCUGCCAAUCCAGAUCUGCUUUAUAUUAUAUUCUUUGCUCACACGCAACUUACAGUCACCAUGCUGCUUGGCCUGAUCUUCGGCAGCAAG